AUGACAGUCAAAACGACCAAACGCGUCAUAAAGAAAAAGAAGGGUCCGAAAGAACAAAUCACGGAGGUUGUAACUACUCAAGUAGGUGAAGAAGCACCGGUCACUACAGUAAGCCUUGUGGAUGAAAUACCAUCAGAUGAAGAAACUGAGCCAGUUCAAAUAGUGGAACUCCCCGAAGAAACAACAGUUACAGAAGAAAAGAUACCCGAAAGUAAGAUUACCAAAAAGAUAACUACCAAAAGCGUAAUUAAGAAAAAGGUAGGACCUAAAACUGAAACUACUGAAAUCACAUCUGAACAGCUAGACGAUGAAACACCAAUAAUAUCAGUACACACCACCGAACAAAUUACAGACGAAUCCACUGAACCUUUCGACACAUUACACAAACCCGACACCGCCGAGGUCAUUGUAGAACAACCUGACACAGUACAAGUAACACAAGUGAAAACAGACACAGGUGAUAUAAAAACAGUAAAAGUUACUAAACGUGUGAUUAAAAAGAAAAAGGGACCGAAGCAGGAAGUCACCGAAAUCGUGACUACUGAAGAAGAUGACAAAGCUCCAAUCACCACCGUCCACGUCACGGAAGACGAGAAAUCAGAAGAAACAAAGACUGAAGAAGAUGACAAAGCUCCAAUUACCACCGUUCACGUCACUGAAGAAGUAAAUCCGGAAGAAACCAAACCUACCGAAACUGUCGAACUGCCGGAAGAAACCACCGUUGAAGAAAUCGAAACGCCAGAGGGCAAGACAAUAACGAAGAAGGUGACCAAGCGCAUCAUCAAGAAAAAGAAAGGACCCAAAAUAGAAACAACUGAAAUCGUUACGGAACAGGAAGACGACAAGCAGCCUGUGGUUUCUGUGCAUACAGAAGAAGAGCUCGUCGAAGAUGUCACAGCUCCCCUCGAGACCAUUUUCGAUAUAGAUUCUGCUAACGUAGUAGAAGAGCCCGAGCAUGUGCAGCUCAGUCAGGUUCGCACUAAAACUGGUGAAGUGAAGACAGUCAAAACGACCAAACGCGUCAUUAAGAAAAAGAAGGGUCCGAAAGAACAAAUCACGGAAGUUGUAACUACUCAAGUAGGUGAAGAAGCACCGGUCACUACAGUAAGCCUUGUGGAUGAAAAACCAUCAGAUGAAGAAACUGAACCAGUUCAAAUAGUGGAACUCCCCGAAGAAACCACAGUUAAAGAAGAAAAGACACCCGAAGGUAAGAUUACCAAAAAGAUAACUACCAAACGCGUCAUCAAGAAAAAGGUAGGACCUAAAAUUGAAACUACUGAAAUCACAUCUGAACAGCUAGACGAUGAAACACCAAUAAUAUCAGUACACACCACCGAACAAAUAACAGACGAAUCCACUGAACCUUUCGACACAUUACACAAACCCGACACCGCCGAGGUCAUUUUAGGACAACCUGACACUGUACAAGUAACACAAGUGAAAACUGACACAGGUGAGGUCAAAAAAAUAAAGGUUACUAAACGAGUGAUUAAAAAGAAAAAGGGACCGAAGCAGGAAGUCACCGAAAUCGUGACUACUGAAGAAGAUGACAAAGCUCCAAUCACCACCGUCCACGUCACGGAAGACGAGAAAGCAGAAGAAGCAAAGACUGAAGAAGAUGACAAAGCUCCAAUUACCACCGUUCACGUCACUGAAGAAGUAAAACCGGAAGAAACCAAGCCUACCGAAACUGUCGAACUGCCGGAAGAAACCACCGUUGAAGAAAUCGAAACGCCAGAGGGCAAGACAAUAACGAAGAAGGUGACCAAGCGCAUCAUCAAGAAAAAGAAAGGACCCAAAAUAGAAACAACUGAAAUCGUUACGGAACAGGAAGACGACAAGCAGCCUGUGAUUUCUGUGCAUACAGAAGAAGAGCUCGUCGAAGAUGUCACAGCUCCCCUCGAGACCAUUUUCGAUAUAGAUUCUGCUAACGUAGUAGAAGAGCCCGAGCAUGUGCAGCUCAGUCAGGUUCGCACUGAAACUGGUGAAGUGAAGACAGUCAAAACGACCAAACGCGUCAUUAAGAAAAAGAAGGGUCCGAAAGAACAAAUCACGGAGGUUGUAACUACUCAAGUAGGUGAAGAAGCACCGGUCACUACAGUAAGCCUUGUGGAUGAAAAACCAUCAGAUGAAGAAACUGAACCAGUUCAAAUAGUGGAACUCCCCGAAGAAACCACAGUUAAAGAAGAAAAGACACCCGAAGGUAAGAUUACCAAAAAGAUAACUACCAAACGCGUCAUCAAGAAAAAGGUAGGACCUAAAAUUGAAACUACUGAAAUCACAUCUGAACAGCUAGACGAUGAAACACCAAUAAUAUCAGUACACACCACUGAACAAAUUACAGACGAAUCCACUGAAACUUUCGACACAUUACACAAACCCGACACCACCGAGGUCAUUGAAGAACAACCUGACACAGUACAAGUAACACAAGUGAAAACAGACACAGGUGAGGUCAAAAAAAUAAAGGUUACUAAACGAGUGAUUAAAAAGAAAAAGGGACCGAAGCAGGAAGUCACCGAAAUCGUGACUACUGAAGAAGAUGACAAAGCUCCAAUUACCACCGUCCACGUCACAGAAGAAGAGAAACCAGAAGAAACAAAGCCUACCGAAACUGUUGAACUACCGGAAGAAACCACCAUUGAAAAAAUCGAAACGCCAGAAGGCAAGACAAUAACGAAGAAGGUGACCAAGCGCAUCAUCAAGAAAAAGAAAGGACCCAAAAUAGAAACAACUGAAAUCGUUACGGAACAGGAAGACGACAAGCAGCCAGUUGUUUCUGUGCAUACAGAAGAAGAGCUCGUCGAAGAUGUCACAGCUCCCCUCGAGACCAUUUUCGAUGUCGAUUCUGCUGACGUAGUAGAAGAGCCCGAGCAUGUGCAAUUCAGUCAGGUCCGCACUGAAACUGGUGAUGUAAAGACAGUCAAAACGACCAAACGCGUCAUAAAGAAAAAGAAGGGUCCGAAAGAACAAAUCACGGAGGUUGUAACUACUCAAGUAGGUGAAGAAGCACCGGUCACUACAGUAAGCCUCGUGGAUGAAAAACCAUCCGAUGAAGAAACUGAACCAGUUCAAAUAGUGGAACUCCCCGAAGAAACUACAGUUAAAGAAGAAAAGAUACCCGAAGGUAAGAUUACCAAAAAGAUAACUACCAAACGCGUCAUCAAGAAAAAGGUAGGACCUAAAAUUGAAACUACUGAAAUCACAUCUGAACAGCUAGACGAUGAAACACCAAUAAUAUCAGUACACACCACCGAACAAAUUACAGACGAAUCCACUGAACCUUUCGACACAUUACACAAACCCGACACCGCCGAGGUCAUUGUAGAACAACCUGACACAGUACAAGUAACACAAGUGAAAACAGACACAGGUGAGGUCAAAAAAAUAAAGGUUACUAAACGAGUGAUUAAAAAGAAAAAGGGACCCAAGCAGGAAGUCACCGAAAUCGUGACUACUGAAGAAGAUGACAAAGCUCCAAUUACCACCGUCCACGUCACAGAAGAAGAGAAACCAGAAGAAACAAAGCCUAGCGAAACUGUUGAACUACCAGAAGAAACCACCAUUGAAAAAAUCGAAACGCCAGAAGGCAAGACCAUAACGAAGAGGGUGGCUAAGCGCAUCAUCAAGAAAAAGAAAGGACCCAAAAUAGAAACAACUGAAAUCGUUACAGAACAGGAAGACGACAAGCAGCCUGUGGUUUCUGUGCAUACAGAAGAAGAGCUCGUCGAAGAUGUCACAGCUCCCCUCGAGACCAUUUUCGAUGUCGAUUCUGCUGACGUAGUAGAAGAGCCCGAGCAUGUGCAAUUCAGUCAGGUCCGCACUGAAACUGGUGAUGUAAAGACAGUCAAAACGACCAAACGCGUCAUUAAGAAAAAGAAGGGUCCGAAAGAACAAAUCACGGAAGUUGUAACUACUCAAGUAGGUGAAGAAGCACCGGUCACUACAGUAAGCCUUGUGGAUGAAAAACCAUCAGAUGAAGAAACUGAACCAGUUCAAAUAGUGGAACUCCCCGAAGAAACCACAGUUAAAGAAGAAAAGACACCCGAAGAUAUUUCAUUAGUGGAAAAACCUGAUGAAAAUGACAAGAAAAAGACCAAAAAGAUAAAGAAAACGUCUCGUUUAGAUGACAAACCGCCGCAAGUAGUUUCUGCGACUCCAGAGGAAGACAAACCUUCGGAAGAAGAAAAACAAAAAUUAAUAGAACCUAAAAAACUUAAACUAAUACCACAGAAAAUAGAAAUAAAAACAAUGAAAAUAAGCGAACCUCAACAUGCAGAAAAUAUUGAGAGUCCUCAAUUUGCGAAGAUAAAACUGAAAAAGCCUACUCAAAAACCAAAACACGAAUCCAGUGCUGUUACUCUACCAAAGUUCCAAUUGAAGAGUCGUAUCAGACAUAUUAAAGAUUGGCCUCCUUCAGAAAUUAAGCCAGUUAUAUCAUACAUGGGCAGUGUACGACAAAAUGGUGAGUUAUCCAGAAACGUGAAAGAAGCUGCGAAGCUUAAGAAGAAGCAGCCAAAAAUGAAAAACAUUCCAGAUUAUGAAAUUGAACUGGAAAAAUUAGAGAAAAUAGAUUUUCCUUCAGAAACUGAACAGCCGACUGACACGCCAAGAGGCAAAGAAAAACAAACUGGGGAAAAUGAAUAUUUAGACAAACAGUUGCCCCGGGAUAAACAGUUACUAGGUGAACAAGAUGAUGGGCAAUCGAUUACACUCCAAGAUACAAAACCUUUGCACAUUGAAAGUACUGAGCAACAUAAUGGAGAAUCUUCUCCUAAAGAAGUCAGCGAAAUAAUCAAAAAAGAACCACAGGAAAUCCAGGAAAAAGAGAAAUUACCUGAAGAAACGUUUGAAAAAAAAUUACAAAAGAAAUUAUCAAAGACCGCAGAUACAAAAAAAAUAGAUAAAAUCAGUCCUGAUAAGGAUAAACGGCAAGAAACAUCAGUGAUCGAAAAAGAAACCAAAGAAAAAGAGCCACAGAAAACUUCCACAGAACAAAAAGAUGAGAUAAUGAAGAAAGGCGAGAAAGAAAAUAAAAAACCGAUACAAGCUGAAAUUGCAGAACCAUUGGAAAUAUCUAGUACUAAUAUGGUUUUGGAUAAGCCACAAGAUACACCAGUGAUAGAAGAUGAAGCCAUCAAAAACACUGAAGAGCCAACGAAAACCACUUCAGAACAAAAGGAUGUACCCGAAGAAAAGGAUAAGAUAGUAAAGAAAAAAACAAAAAAACCGAAAAUACAGGAAGUACCAAUUCAUGGAAAUGAAGACGAGAUCACAAUGGAUAAAUUAGAAGAAAAUAUUCCUAAAGAAUCUGUCGACACUUUAGAAGAAAUUAAAUCAGAAUCUAAAGAAGAAGAAAUACCAGAAAUCAAAAAAGACAAAAAACCUAAAAAAAUGAAAAAGCCAAUGGAAGAAAAGGUUGUUACAGAAGAAGUCCCUAAAAGUGCUGAAAAUGAAAUCUUAGAAAAACCUAAAACUUUGGAAAAGAAACCCAAAUUGAAAUUGACACCGAUAAAGAUAGUAAGGAAAACAGUUGAAAUAAGUAAAGCACAACACGCAGAAAACAUAGACGGACCCCAGUUUACAAAACUCAAAUUAAAGAAAACUGUAACGAAACCCAAACAAGAGCCAAGUUCAACUAUACUUCCGAAAUUCCAAUUAAAAAGUAGAAUUAUAUAUACCACGGACUAUCCACCACAACCUUGCCUACCGAUUGUUACAUUUAUAGGAAGUAUACGACAUAAUGGAAUAUUAUCAAGAAAUAUUAAAGAAGCCGCUAAAAUCAAAAAGACUACAUACAAACAACCACAAUUGCCUGAAUUUGAAAAGACAGAGCUAGAAAAACCAAUGUUCGGUUACGAAGACAUUAUAGAAGCUACCCAACAAAAAGACAAUGUGCCAACAGAAGAAUUAUUAGAAAGUGAUAAAGAGGACGAACCUGAACAAUUCACUAUAAAACCACGACGGCCCAGCGUUAAAAAGACGGAAGAAGUUGUAGAUGAGGUUACUAUAAAGAAAAAAUUAAAACCAAUUCGCAAGUCAUCCAUAACACUUCCUGAAAUCACAGAACCGGAAAAUGUUACUUUUAGACCUAAAACUACACAAACCAAAGAAGAUGUUGAACAGGAAUUCAAUAUCCAGUUGGAUUCUUAUGCAGAAGAAGAAAUUUCAAUGUCGAGCAAAGUUAAGCUAAAACCACAAAGACAACCAACAUUCAAUGAAGAAGCGGAUGAAGCAUCUAUAAAAUUUUAUACAGAGGAAGAUGACGGACCUAACAUUGUAGAAAUUAUAGAAAGCGACAAUGAGCGUGACAAUGAUUUAACUAAUCUUAUGGUGUCUUUGAAAAGACCUCAGCCCGUCAAAGAAAUAUCUGAAGAAAUUAAUUCAAGUGUGACAAUUGCUAAACCCAAGAAACCUGAAGAAAUUACUGAAAUUACUGAAGAUGUCAGUUUUAAACUAGAAAGGAAACCAAACUAUGUUAUCGACGAUCAAGAAGAAGUUAGUUACGAUGUGAAACCUCAGAUAGAACAAUUUACACAAGAAGAAUUAUCCCUUUCAAGUAAAAUUAAAUUAAAGCCAAAGAAAAAGGCAACUUUGUCAGAAGCGGCCGAUGAGGCAUCAAUUCAAAUAACACAAGAAAUUGAAGACGAUAGUCAAGCAGAAGAAAUAAUCGUUAGUGAGGCUGAAUCUGAUGACAAUGUGCAAAUGGUGAUAAAACGUAAAAUUAAAAAACCAAAGUACGAAGUUAGUGAAAUUGAAGAAUUAAGUGUUGACCUUAAACCAAAGAGAAUUAAUACCGACACAUACGACGAAGAACAACUAACAAUUUUGGCUAAACGCAAACCUAAGAAACCAUCUCAAAUACAAGAAGCUGAUGUCACCGUUAGUAUUUCCAGAGAACAAGAAUUUCCAGAUACGCCGCUGGAUGUUCGGAGUGGGGACACUGUAUUUGCUGUAUACUCCUACGUGGCCGAGACUGACGAGGCUAUCAAUCUUGUAGAGGGCGAGCGCCUCUACAUCUUGGAAACAACAAAUCAAGACUGGUGGUUUGUACGAAAACAUCUCACAGAAGAAAAAGGCUGGGUACCUGCUCAAUAUCUGAUGGAUGAAGCUAAUUAUACAUUAUACUUGCAAAAGAAACUAAACGAAAAGAUUGACAAACUCCCCGUGUUUGAGAAGCCGGCGUCAGAAGAACAAGCGGUUGCUCCCAUAUUCGUAGAGAAAUUACGACCAAAACACACACCAGACGGCUCCACUGUCCAAUUCGAAUGUCAAGUGGAAGGUCAUCCUCGCCCUCAAAUAACUUGGUUCAGACAAACAGCUAUAAUUAAACCAUCACAAGACUUCCAGAUGUAUUACGACGAUGACAACGUGGCUACUCUAGUGAUUCGCGAAGUUUUCCCCGAAGAUGCUGGAACGUUCACUUGCGUAGCUAAAAAUGCUGCUGGUUUUGCAUCCAGUACUACAGAGCUAGUUGUUGAAGCACCACUAUCUGAUCAUGGCUCUGAAAUGACUAUAUUAUCAAGAAAAAGUCUUUCACGAGAGUCAUCUUUGGCGGACAUACUGGAAGGUAUUCCACCUACCUUCUCAAAAAGACCGAAAGCUCAGUACGUAGAUGAAGGCACUCAGAUAUUUUUGGAAUGUCGUCUGGUUGCUAUACCUGAACCUGAUAUAGCGUGGUUCUUCAAAGGAGAAGAAAUCAUUCCUGAUGAGAAUAUUUCCAUCGUAACCGAGUCUGAUAUGCACAUGUAUUGCAGUGUAUUAAAAAUAUCAAACGUAAAGAAAUACCAAGAAGGAACUUACACUGUUUUAGCUGUAAAUAGAGAAGGUGAAGCAAGUUUACCAAUAGUACUAAAAAUAAAGACUGGACAAAAGGAAAAACCACAAGUUAUUGAACCUUUGAAAAAUAUGACUAUAAGAGAAGGUGAAAGCGUUGUGUUAACAGCACAGGUGGUAGGUAAUCCUCAGCCAAAAGUGUCAUGGUAUAAAAAUAAUGAACCUAUUAAAAAGCAAACCACAAAAUCUGACGGCGAUACUCAUACGAUCACGAUACUCAAACCAAAGAAGGGCAAAGACGAUGGCAUAUAUACUCUUAAAGCUGUGAAUUCUGAAGGUUCCACGGAAACAUCUGCUGUCAUAACAAUAGAAGAACCUACAGAAGAAAAUGCUGAACCCCCACUUUUCAUUAAUAGAUUUCAAGAAAUAACUGUUAAAGAAAAAGGUGUAAUAAAAUUAGUAGCUAGAGUAACGGGUAAUCCCGUGCCAAUAAUAACAUGGUAUAGAAACAAUCAAAUAAUAACACCAUCAGAGACAGUUACACAAAACUUUGAUGGAGAAAACAUUGAAUUGAUAAUUACAAAUGUCGACUCUGAAAUUGAUUCUGGAGAUUACAAAUGUGUUGCUUCUAAUAGCGCAGGAAAAGCAUCUCAUGGAGCUCGUGUCACUAUUGAUGUAGAUAAGGUAACAUUCAUUAAAAAUUUGAGGAAAUCUUACGAAAUAGAAGAAGGUAAAACAGUUGUGCUUGAAUGUCAUACAUCCCACACAGUUUCUACAAAAUGGUAUCAUAAUAAUAAAGAGCUUAGUGGCAUGGACCACAGGGAAAUAAUACAGGAAGGACGAGUACAUAAAUUAAGAAUAAAGAAAACAAAACUGACUGACGUGGGUAACAUAAAAUGCGCUGUGAAAGAUCAAGAAACUAGCACUAAGCUGAUUGUUCAUGAAACUAUACCUGAAUUCACUAGGAAAUUACAAGAUUUUGAAGUAAAGGAAAGAGAUGUCGCUAUUCUAGAAGUAGAAAUAAAUUCAGAGACAGCAGAUGUAUUCUGGGAAAAAGAUAGUGAAAGAAUUAAACCAAAGAAAAAUAAAUACGAUAUCGAAAAACGUGGAAAUGUACGUAAACUAUUUAUAAGAAAUACAUCAGUACACGAUGAAGGCGAGUAUACGUGUAUACUAAGAGAUGAUGCUUGUACUGCCGAAGUGACUGUAGUAGAACUCCCACCUGAAAUAAUUUCACGUCUUCAAGACCAGAAAGUUAGUAAAGGAAACAAAGCCACAUUUGAAAUCGAAUUAACCAAAGGUGACGCACUUGUUCGUUGGUUUAAGGAUGGAACUGAAAUUCAAUUCUCUAAUCACAUGCAACUAACUAUAGAUGGCAAGAAGCAGAAACUAAAAAUAUAUGACUGUGAAAACAGCGAUGCUGGUGAAUAUUCUUGUGAAGUAGGAAGCGACAGAUGCACUGCCAAACUCGUUGUUGAAGAACCUUCAAUUGAUUUCGUUCUUAGGCUACCAGAAGUUAUUGUGGUGCCGGCAAAUAGCGAUGCUUACUUAACUGUUGAAAUACCUGAUGAAACACUAGAUGUAACUUGGUUCAAAAAGAAAUUAGUUGUCGAAGAUACAGACAAAUACACACUCAUUUCAGAUGUAAAUAAACGUACUUUAAUUAUACGCAAAUGCACUGAAGAGGACCAGACCGAAUAUUCAUGUAUGUUAUUAGAUGCAAGGUGUUCCACAAAACUGAUAGUUGAAGUCUUAGAGUCGCCGCCAAGAAUUAUAUCAUAUGACAAGGAAUACCGUGUCAAACGAGGUAAUGAUGUAACUCUACUGGUUGAUUACGAAGCUAUACCUCAACCAAACGACGAAUGGGUGGUAAAUUCUAAAAUUAUCAAGAAAACUAAGCAUACAAAGCCAUCGAUAGAUUCUAAAAAUGCUAGUUUAACCAUCAAGAAACUGGAGCACACUGAUGCAGGAGUCUAUAAGCUUAAGUUAGAAAAUAACUGUGGCGACGUAGAAGUCGAAAUUUCUGUUAUUGUCCUGGACUUACCGUCAAAGCCAGGUGUACCAAACUUGAUAGAAACGUCUGAUACUUCGGUGAACAUAUGUUGGAAUGAACCUGAAAAUAACGGAGGAUCUGAAAUACAAUGUUAUAUUAUAGAAUACCAAGAAAUUAAUAUGACUGAAUGGAUAUCUAUAGAAAAUGUUACUACAACACAACACACAAUCGAAAAGUUGAAGAACAAGUCUUCGUACCGAUUCCGUGUCUUCGCAGUUAACGAAGUAGGCGUCAGCGAAGCUUCAGAUAUCACAGAAUAUGUUAGGAUCGAAAAAAAAUCAAAAUCACAAGCGCCCACGGUUGAAAAACCAUUAAAGGAUGUUAUCAGUGUUCCAAAUGAAGAUGUGGAAUUAACAUGUAUAUUUGGUGGCAUUCCACAACCCAAAGUAACAUGGUUCCGAAAUGGAAAUUCGCUGAAAACAGCCAAAGCAUCAUAUGUGAAUAGAGUAGCUACUCUCGUUGUAAAUGCUUCAGAAACUACAGAAGGAAUAUAUAAAUGCGUUGCUACUAAUGAACAAGGAGAAGCUGAAACUUCUUGCACUUUUGAAGUACAAUUGAAACCUAUCAUAAAUAUUUCUGAAAAGGAAAUCAAUCAGAAGUUACGUGUGGGUGAAGAGUGGUCGGUAACUGCUAGCAUACAAGGCAUUCCUAAGCCAUCUCUAACAUGGUACAGAAAUGGUUCCAAGUUAGAAAAGUCAAAAAAAAUACAGAUAACAACUGAAGAAGAGUACAACACGAUAAGAAUUUCGGAUCUGGAGCGUUCACACACAAAUAAGUAUUCUAUCGAAGCUCAAAACAAAGCUGGCACCAGCACCGUUGAACUGACUCUAAGAGUAUACGACAAACCAAGCAGGCCUGAAGGGCCUGUCAUAAUGAGAGAAAUCAGUAGGGAAUCGGUCACAAUAGAAUGGAAGCCACCGCUCGACGACGGUGGCUUGGAGUUGACGAAGUACGCUAUAGAAAAACAUGAGCCCGAGAUCGAUCAGUGGGUAAAGGUAGCAGACGUGGACAAGACAGUGGAAACCUACUGUAUACAGAGAUUGAACGAGAACUGCGAGUACAUGUUCAGAAUAAUGGCACAGAACCCAAUAGGAUACUCGGAAGCGCUUGAAAGCGAACCGAUAGUAAUAAAGACUGCGCUCGACGUGCCAUCACCGCCUCUCGGCCCGCUGGGUCUGUAUGGCAUCGACAGCAACUCGGUUACCGUAACCUGGUACCCCUCAGAGAGAAACGGAGGAUCUCCCAUUCUGGACUACAGCGUGGAGGUAAAACAGGAGGGCAAGAAGUGGAAACAAGUCGCCACAGUGACAGAAACAAACGCCAGGAUAGAAAAACUCAGUAAAGACGCCACAUACCAAUUCAGGAUAUGCGCAAGGAACGAAAUAGGCACAAGCCAUCCGUAUAUCUCAGAAGAGAAGAUCACAAUUGGAAAGACGUUGUCGCCACCAUCACAGCCUCUCAACUUCGUGGUGCGAGAGAUAACAUCUCGCACGGUAGCCCUACAGUGGGCCCCCCCAGAGAGUGAUGGAGGCAGCCCCGUCACAAAUUACGUGGUCGAAUAUAAGACUGUGAAAGGCAAGAAGUGGACGAAGGUGGUGACAGUCGGCGGCGCCACUCGUGACUACCGCGUCGAGAACAUCAGAGAGAAGGACGAUCUGGUCUUCAGGGUGUCCGCGGAGAAUGCGGUGGGAGUCAGCUUGCCCGCGCUUUCGCAAACAGUGCGCUUAGAGAAACAUGCCAAUGUACCAUCGCCGCCGACGGCACCACUAGAAAUUAGGACAGUAGGCAAUAAUAUCGUGAUGACAUCAUGGGGCACGCCCGAAUGGGACGGCGGUGCUCCUCUACUGGGCUACAACGUGGCUAUCCGUGACGUCACCAAGACCAUGUGGAUGGAGGUCGGCACAGUGGACGCUCACACCCUCAAGUUUGCCGUCCGCGACCUCAGCGAGGACCACACGUACAUGGUCAGGAUUUACGCGCGCAACGAGAUCGGCCUCAGCGAGCCGCUGGAAUCUGACGAGCCCUUCAAAGUUGUGCCUGGCGAAGACUCGCAUGCGGACGAGGAGCUGGGCGAGCAUACAGAAGUGACGGAGCCAACGUCAUUCAGCACGCAGACCACUACAUCUUGGCUACGUGACCACAACAUGGACGCUGACAUCCGGUCAUAUGCUCGUGGCUCACUAUUAAGGCGUGACGAGUACUUCUUCCGAAUAUGGCACUACGCAAAGCAGCUGUUCAAGUAGCAUGCUGCGCUCGUGCGCCAUUAUACCUGUGAUAUGCAUAGUUGCUGGGCGCCAACCACCAAAACAUACCUUGGUCACAAGCGUCCAAUAUCGAUUAUUUUGUAAGAUUACCUACAGUCAUUUGAUAAUUUUGUACCGUAUUUAUUCUAGAUAAGAAUUAAAUUAUUUAUUUAUUUAAUUUAUUAAUCAAUAAAUACUGAUGUUCAGCUUUGAAUCUCAAUCGAUAUUUAUGGGAGACGUUUUUAAAUAUAGGUGCACACUAAUCGAGAAAUCGAAUGAGGUUCGAAUAUGAUAUCAGUAUUUACCAAGAAAUUAAGUCAAUAAUAAAUUUGAUAUUGUUAAAAUAAAUUGCAUUAUUUUUUUACGUGCUAAUUCCGUAAAGUUUUGAUACUUUGAUAUUAUUUCUAACUAUUAAGAAUGUCACUGCGUAACUUUUAUAUCUGUCAUAUUCUAUCAUCAUCAUCAUUCUUAGAGUAUGCUCUAAGUCACCAUUCAGCCAUACGGUCAUAUGGCUGAAUGAUGACUUAUCUGGGGGCACAUCACGUGCCCCUGCCAAUUCGCCAAGACCAGCUAAGCGAAACGCAAUGCCACUCUCUACCUUUUGUCGAAGCGCUUCGUUUAUUUGAAUCCUUAUUACCUACUUCGGUUUGGAUUAUACCGGAUAAUCAAAAUUCCCAGAAUCUGCUGUCAAUAGUGAAUUUGUUAAACUUAUACCCUUUUAUUAAUAAACGAAGAAUAAGCUUGGAUUAGUUACUACAUGUUGUUCAUCGAAUGGCAAAUGACAGUGAUAUGAACGAAACACGGCUUAACUAGUCUAAG